AUGCCUCCACAGCAGGGAGAAGUGUCUCUUUUGACACUGUUUGCUGAUGUCCAUUACUACAUCUCCCCGCCUUCGCAGCAUCCCCCGCAUCAUCGCUUCGACAAAAGCUCCUAUGUCUACCUCUACCACAACCCCAUGCGCCAGAGCGGGCGGAUAGAAAUAGCCAACCAUGCGGGUACUCCCAACCAAGAUGCCUUCGCCGGUCAACUGGACACGGUCAAGAUCGAACAGACAUACAAGCACCCAUGCUUAUUCACUCUCACGGUUGAUGCAUUCCAGAGCCAAAAUGGAAGCCAACCCCCCCACCAGGACAUGUCACAAUGGCACCUCCCCACACCAGACCCGUCUGGCCAGGGCAAAUACAUGUAUAGACUGCACACGGUGGAUCUGUACUUCUGGACACCCGAAGAUGCGAGUCUGUUUCUAGACUCUAUUCGGAGAGUAUUGCAACCACAUCAACUACAAAUCGUGCGCAACCCAGAUACCGCGCUAGCACACUCGGAACACAAGAACGACGCCUUGAGCCCAGUCAUCGCCAGACUGGAGAACGCAGCCAUAUCACACACGAGCCGAAGCACAAGCAUUAGCACCACACAGUCAUUUCCGGGUCCCCCAAGUGCGCCCGCGCCCACAUCACCGCCUCCCAACGAGCAGCUGCCCAACUAUGCUCCCAUGGCAUACAACCCAGCUGCCCCAGCUGCCCCUGAGCCCAUUGCCCAUCGCGAAAAGACACCACCGCCGCCAGAUGCCAACGACGGCACCGGUCUUGGAAGUGCUGCUGUGCAUGAUCAGCAUGCUGCACAGUACGGCAACCCGCUGCAAACGUCUUUUGCGCCCCAGCCAACAUCUGGCGCAUACUUUCCUGGACCACCCGCACCAGGACAGGGCUUUACAGGGCCACCAAGCGCGUACCGUACAAACACAACGGGGUCAGUGCCAAGCGCAACCCAAACCCCGCCAUCCUUCGCACCACCACCGUCUGCUCCUCCACCAGGUCAAUACAAUGGUCAAACCCCGCCACCUCCAUCCCUACAGCGGUCCUCGACGGUGCCUGUCCAACAGUAUGCCAACUACCCAAACUCUCCUGGCUUUCCCCCGGCCCCUCAAUCACCUCCUGCGCACUCUGCCCUACCUUCUCCUGGCUUUCCUCCACAGCAGUACCAGCCGAUGCCUUCUCCUGCUUUCUCGCAGUUUGCCUAUGGCAGCACAGCGGAGCAAGGUCAGGCGCCAAACAUACAUCAGCAGUUGUACCGACCCACCGAGAGUGAGGCUGCUGUACAUCAUCAUGAGAACCCCAACGCGCAACCCCGCAACUCCAACAUCGGAAAACGGGUAGAUAAAGUGGAGAAGGGGAUUGGCAGUUUCCUGAAGAAAUUGGACAAGAAGUUCUGA